CAUUGCAACCUAUCUACGUAGUUUGACCUUCGGUCGAUAAAGUGAUCGCAUAUACCUGGUAAGUGGUAGGAGGUAUAUAAUACCAAACUGACUACAUACGAUAUACCAGCGUCAUAGGUAUAGUAGCUUAGAUUUUUAGAAGACCCGAUAUUAUGAGUCUAGAACUCUACUGUAAUAAAGUUGUAUUGGAAUUAUCGUCUCUAACGUCUCUUACAUAGUGUUAUCUUAAGGCGUUUAAAACUAACAAAUCCACAACAGAUAUAAUCGUCAGUGUUCAAUACAGGCAUUACACAUUAUUAUACUCAUAAUUGACAAUGAAGGUGACGUAUACGUGGUUAAUAUAUUCAUGUUUAUUUUUUGGAAUUGGCGUUUUGUGUGAAAAAAAGUGUCCGUCUCUAGUUUCGGAUAGUUUGGAUAUUAAAUGUACUCAUAAUGGUAAUUAUGUUAAUUGUUCAAACCUAUCGAUGCCCGGUACUAUAGCAAUACCAUCGUGUAAGCCCACACAUACUGUUCCAAAUGGACAAGAUGAGAAUCCGCUUGAAUUACUUUGUCACGAAAAUGGAAUGUGGAAUAAUCAGCUAUAUAGAUGCAUUCCAUAUUGUGGUAGAGUAAAUAUAAAGAACCCAAAUAAUAAAAGGUAAAAAUAAGGCAGUGGUUGGAACAGCACCUUGGAAUGUUGGAAUAUAUCGGUUAAAUAAAAUAGAUUCAAGUUAUGACUUGAUAUGUGGAGGAUCAUUAAUUGCUCCAAAUUUAGUCGUAUCAGUGGCUCACUGUUUUUGGAAAAAAGGUAUGUUAUCUAAUAGUAUAUCAAUAAACAAUGGUCUAUAUAAAAUAGCUGUUGGAAAAUAUGAUAGAAAUUUUACAAUUAUUGACAAUGAAUUUACUCAAAUAAUGAAUGUAGAACAUAUUCACCUAAAUGAUAAUUUUUUUGGACCUUCUGUGUUUUUUGCUCAAGAUAUAGCUAUUAUUGUGUUAGAAAAGAGAGUUUCUAUUAGUAAUGAUGUUGCACCUGUGUGUAUCGAUUGGAAUGGUAAAUACAAUGUAGUAAAUGGAGAUCAAGGAAAGAUCGUUAGUUGGGGACAGACGGAAACAGGCUAUUCAAGUCCUGUUUUAUUAGAAGCAUCUUUACCGUACAUCGACCAUAGUUCUUGUCGGAAUAUGUAUACUAACGGAUUUGAACUAUUUGUGACUGAUGAUAAGUUUUGUGCUGGUUCUUUAAUGGUUUCAGGACAAGGAAUGGGUAAGGGAGAUAGUGGCGCAGGCUUAUGCUUUUUUCAUUCAGGAUCUUAUUAUUUAACCGGAUUAGCGAGUACGAAGGAUCCAAACACAAAUAAUUCAGUUGCAGUUUUUACAGAAGUUAAACACCAUAUUCAAUGGAUUCGUGGAAUGUAUAACAAACAUAAUUAUUACAUGUAAUAAUAUUAUGGUAGUGAUAUUAAAAUUAUCACGCGCAUGUUAAUUUUAUAAACCAAAAAUAAAUGUAGACCG